AGAGAAAUGGAUAGAUCAACAGCAAAUGUACGGUCAUCAAUCAAUUUCUUAUCAAAUAAUGAUUUUGAAUAGAGAGAGAAGAUAGAAAUUCAAUUGAUACCAGCAUUAUAGAGUUUUUAAACUUUUAUAAAGAUGAGCAAUGAAUCUCAGAUGGCACAGAUUGCUGAUUCUUUGAUAGCUAUUGAUUUCUUUAAAAAGAAUUGUCCUGAAGGUUCCAGUUUAAGAGAUUUUAUUAUGUAUGCUGGAAAAGCCUUGACAUAUGAAUAUUAUAAAAAGGGUUCAAUUAUAUUCCAUUAUGGUGAUUAUGGAGAUAAGUUUUUUAUGAUCCUAAAAGGUAAUGUUGGAGUAUUGGUACCUAAAGGGAAUCAUGAUAUUGAAAUUGAUAGAGAUUUCAUUGUAGAGACCAAUAGGAAUGAACUAUGGAGUAAUGUUUGGAAAGGUAGGAAAUUACAGAGUACUAUUGAUAUGGAAUUACUAUUAGCCUAAGGAGAAGAUCCUUGGGUAAUCUCAAAUAGAUACUUUGAGGGAGGUGUGUGUUUAUAUUAAAAGGUAUUUUAGAUAUUAGAAUAUUAAGAUUUAUGCAUAUUAUAGUGGAUAGACAUUUGGAGAUGUAUCAUUAUAUACAGAUAAACCAAGAACUGCAAGCAUAUUAGUAUUGUCAGAGGAUGUUCAUUUGAUUACAAUGAAUAAGAAUGAAUACAAAUAAAUUUGUGAGAAGUCUCUUUAGGAUAUGAAUAGCAAUGUUGAUUAUUUUAUGAGGAUGUUGCCAAAUAAUAGCAAGUUCGUAAUAACUAAAUUUAUGUAAUACAUGCAUAAGAUUGAAUUUGCUCCUUAAAGCAUAUUAUGGAAAGAAGGAGAGGAAUCUAAAUUUUUUAUGCUAAUAUUCAAAGGGAGAGUGGAAUUGGUAAAGAAGAUUGGGAGAGUGAGGAUCACAUUAUGUCAAUUAAGUGACAAUAGCUGGGUUGGACAAGAAGAAAUACGUAAAAUAAGAAUUAAGCUCUUUUAGUUGAUUAAUCGAAUAGAUUAUCUACUUGCCAAUGCGCUGACAAUACAGUUGCCUAUUACAUUCAUCUAGAUGAAUUCAAUUAGAUCAGAAGAAACUUUCCAGAAAUUUGCAAGAUUCUGAAAGAGAAAUCUCAAUUACUGAAGGAGUACAUGAAAACAAGAUAUGAGAUGAUUAUGAAUAAUUUUAUUAACAAGCCAGAAACUAUUCAGAAGGAGCAACAGAAGGUGGAGAGAAAGACUAUUUCUGAAAUCUUCCAUACUUCCAUAAAGACCAAAACCCAAGAUAUCAGAUCGCAUUCUCCUAAGGCAUUAAGCAUAAUUGAAAUCACUGAAUACAAUAACAAAAUAAAUUAAUCGAGAGUAGGUUUUUUAUUUCCAAUUAGGGUGGUUUCAGAAAUCUGAAUAUCUUUCCAUUGGACAAGGAUUCAGUUCUAUCGAUAAGGGAUAGAGUUUGCAGAUAAUUAACCAAAUAAAACAAAAAGAAGGAGAGGGUUUAACCUUAAACAAUGAGAGAAGGAACUCUUUUGUCAUCAACUAUUUCAGACCUAUUCAAAUAAAAUGAUUAGCUUCAUCCACAUUUAGGUUUCAAAUAGAAUGAUCUAAAGAAAAGUUCCUUCUCUUUUGUUAACUUAUUUGGUUAAGGAUCUACGAACAAUCCCACAAAUUCUAGUGAUCAUUUCACUUCAAGACUAACAACCCAAUAAUCUUAUUUCAGAAUGAAAACAGAACAGGGAAGAUCCUAAAUCUAGACCUAAACUAGCUUUGAUCAAAAGUAAGACAUGUUCAGUAAUAUUUAGAAAUAACAGUGUAGAUCUAAAUAAAUUACGUUCCAAUAGUCCUCUCACUUCCAUUCAAUUCUCAAACCGACAUCAAAAUAAAAGAAUACAUAGCUGUAAGAUGAUAGCAAGACCAAAAAAGUACCCUUAAUUAUUGAAAUAUAAAUUAUUAUGA